AUGGCCGAAGAUACUCCUGCCAACUCUGUCCCCGCUGCCGGCACCGCGAACCCGGCUGGUGAGCGCGCUCCGUCUGCUGAGCCCAAGGAUGCUCCCGUGCCUACAGAAACUCCUUCAGGAAAAGAGACAGAGAAACCCAAUGGUUCUGAAGAGAAAGAAACUCAGAGCGCUCCCGAAGCUGAGAAGCAGGAGCAGUCGUCCGAAACCAAGGUUGAGGAGCCCAACGCGUCUGGCGAGCCUUCCGACGCGAAGGAACAGGGAGAGACCGCCGUAACCGCGCCGGCAGAUUCUGGCGCUGCCACAGCACCGGAGACUUCGGAGGCGCUGGCACCCAACGGAACAUCCGCGUCAAAGAAAGCGAAGCGCAAGUCCACUGGUGUAGCAGAGAGCAAGGCUAAGGCGAGCCGAAGGAAGUCGCAGGCGCGUCCUACCAAUCUGCACGCCAAACCCGGCGAGUACUAUCUCGCGCAUCUCCGUAGUUUCCCCCCAUGGCCGGCUAUUAUCUGCGACGAGGAGAUUCUUCCCAAGUCCCUGUCGGAUACGCGUCCAGUGUCGACUGCGCGAGCGGACGGAACAAUCAGGGAGGAUUACGCCGAGAGCGGCAAGAGAGCGCACGAGAGGACAUUUCCCGUUAUGUUCCUCGAGACCAAUGAAUUUGCUUGGAUGCCGAACAUGGACCUGAAACCUCUUAAUCCCGAGGACUGCAAGGACGUGCCGGAAAAGGGUAAAUCCAAGUCACUGCUGGCUGCCUACGCCAUUGCUGCCGAGAAUCACAAUCUUCAAUAUUUCAAGGACUUGCUCCUAGAACAUGAGAAAGCGUUGCAAUUGGAAAAUGAGGAGCGGGAAGCUAAAGCCGCUGCCAAGGCAGAAAAGGAGUCUAGGAAAAAGAAGCGCAAGAGCAUGGAUGUUGUCGAUGAUGAAGACGUGGAUAUGGAAGACGUCGAUGACAGAGGAAAGACGCCCAAGAGCUCAAAGAAGCGAAGGAAGAGUGCUGCUGAUACUGAUGUGGAAUCUGAGAAGCCCGCGAAGACGCCCAAGACGGCAACCAAAUUGAAACUCACUACGCCUAAGACUCCUGUCUCCGAGGAGACUACGAAGAAGACAUCUAGCACCAAGGCCAAACAGGGCACCAGCGCCAAGAAAGGUGGUAAGGCUGCCGUUAGUGAUGAGGGCGAAGAAGAUACAGGCGCCGAGACCAAAGAGCCAGAAAAGCAGGCCGAUCCUCAGGAAGAGAAGGCCAAAAGACAGAAAGAGGUACUCUUUGUUCGCCACAAACUCCAGAAGGGGUUCAUCUCCCGCGAUAGCCCGCCGGAGGAGAAGGAAAUGGAUGCCAUGGCUGGCCUUUUCACCAGACUGGAAGCCUAUCCUGACCUGGAAGUUUCGAUUAUUCGCGCUACCAGAAUCAACAAAGUCCUCAAGAUGAUCGUCAAGCUUCCGUUCAUCCCACGUGAUGAGGAGUUUCAUUUCCGCCGCCGUUCCUUGAAUAUCCUGUCCAAGUGGAAGAGCAUUUUGGAUGCGGAUGCCGGCGCUGCAUCAGCUGCUGAGCACAAGGGCAAGCCUACGGCUAACGGCGUUCACAAGGAGGAUGAGAAGACCCCUGAGACACCAAACAAGACGGAAGCAGAAGAGGAGAAGAAGGAAUCCGAGGAGAAGCAGGCCAAGGAAAGCGAGAGUCCCGCGGACUCGGAUAUGCCGAUGCCCGAUGCCGGUGCUGAGGUUAGCGGGAAGACGCCAGCCCUCGAGGCAGCUGAAGAGCCCAGUAAGGAGACCAAGGCGACCAAGGAGACAGAGGCAGCAGAGCCGGCUAAAGAGGCCCCUGAGGCGCCCAAGGAAGACAAGGCUGAGGAGAAGCUGGCAGAGACAGCAGCAUAA